AAAAAAAAAAAGUGAAGUCUUUACACAAACAUAAAGGGGUUAUGUGUGCUGCCCUUUGAGAAGUUUGUUGAUGAAAGGAGAAAGGAAGUAGUAGCACCAGAGGAAAAGAUCAGGGGUUUACCCUGUUCUUACAGGAAAACAGCUCCUUGCUCUUUCCAGCUAGCUUUUCAAAGGAUAGGGAUAGGACAGCUCCCUGCCCUCUUUCGGAUAUUUGGAUCUAUAACCUCCAGAAAUUCAGGCUGAAGUAGUUGGAGGUGGGAGAGGAAUGAGACAACUGUCUGGGUGGGGUUGGCCAGCCAGACACUGCCAGGAUAGCCACAAGGAGACAUAACUUGGAGGAAAGAGCAGUUAGCAACCACAUUGGACUCAGGUAGUCCUGGGUUUGAAUCCUGUCUGUGUCACCACCUAGCCUGAUAACCUUGGGCACAUCCUGAGCACCCUGUGCCUUAUCUGUAAAAUGGAAACAAUUAUGCCAACCUUUUAGGUUGGUUUUGAGGAUUAGAGACUAGCUCCUGACACACAGUAGGUAAUCGUAAAUGGGUGCUAUUAUUUGGCCCAACCCACGUUAUAGGACAGAACGUCUAACGGACGGGUCAGAACCUGCGCCCUCUGGAUCAUGGAGGGUACAGAGGGCGCCCCUCGGCCUCCUCCCUUUCGGAGGUGGGGACAAGGUGGAGGAAGGGCUGCAGGAGGAGGAGCUCUAGCAUCGCGACCCGCCCCGUCCCGUCCAGUCUGGCCUGGGCGCUGCGGGAACGCUGUCCUAGCUGCCGCCACCCGAACAGCCUGUCCUGGUGCCCCGGCUCCCUGCCCCGCGCCCAGUCAUGGCCUUGCGCCCCUCACUCCUCCCGCUCCAUCUGCUGCUGCUGCUGCUGCUGCUCAGUGCGGCGGUGUGCCAGGCUGAGGCUGGGUUCGAAACUGAAAGUCCCGUCCGGACCCUCCAAGUGGAGACCCUGGUGGAGCCCCUCGAACCAUGUGCCGAGCCAGCUGCUUUUGGAGACACGCUCCACAUACACUACACGGGAAGCUUGGUAGAUGGACGUAUUAUUGACACCUCCCUGACCAGAGACCCUCUGGUUAUAGAACUUGGCCAAAAGCAGGUGAUUCCAGGUCUGGAGCAGAGUCUUCUAGACAUGUGUGUGGGAUCCAGAGGGUUUUGCUGGAGGAGCUUCAGCUGGACUGAGGCUGCUGGCCUACCUCUCCUGCCUCUGGCUGUGACUGACAUUCCUUCCCUCAGAGAGAAGCGAAGGGCAAUCAUUCCUUCUCACUUGGCCUAUGGAAAACGAGGAUUUCCACCAUCUGUCCCAGCGGAUGCAGUGGUGCAGUAUGACGUGGAGCUGAUUGCACUAAUCCGAGCCAACUACUGGCUAAAGCUGGUGAAGGGCAUUUUGCCUCUGGUAGGGAUGGCCAUGGUGCCAGCCCUCCUGGGCCUCAUUGGGUAUCACCUAUACAGAAAGGCCAACAGACCCAAAGUCUCCAAAAAGAAGCUCAAGGAAGAGAAACGAAACAAGAGCAAAAAGAAAUAAUAAAUAAUAAAUUCUAAAAAACUU